ACCCAAAUCUUGAUCGGUUUUAUAAACCCGGAAAAUCCGAUUUUGUGCCCGAAUCCGAGGCAGGUGCUUGAAUGGGUAUUUUGGUAAUGGGUGUUCCGUUUAUGGAGAAAGAUUCACAGUGAAUGUAAAGGGCAAGAAAGGGAGUGAAUAUUGUUUCCCCUUUUGCCCCCCUUAUUUUCCCUUUAUUUAUUUAUAUUCUUCACCCAAAAGGGUGUCUUUUAAUGAUAAUGAAAAAAUGAAGAAGAAAGGUAAUGAGAGUGUCAAUGAAGCUCCAAAGCCUAAAGAGAGACACGUUGUUUCUUGGUCCAAAGAGGAGGAUGAUGAACUAAGGGAGCAGAUCAGACUCCAUGGGACAGAGAACUGGGCUGUCAUUGCAUCAAAGUUCAAGGACAAAACAGCCAGGCAAUGCAGGAGGAGAUGGUUCACUUAUUUGAACUCUGAUUUUAAGAAGGGAGGAUGGUCACCUGAAGAAGACAUGCUCUUAUGUGAGGCACAGAGGAUUUUCGGCAACAGAUGGACUGAAAUUGCAAAGGUGGUCUCCGGCAGAACAGAUAAUGCGGUGAAGAACCGGUUCACGACACUGUGCAGAAAGAAGGCAAAGAAUGAUGCAUUUGGUGCUAACAAGGAAAACAAAAAACCAUUCAUUAAUUUAAACAAUAAGAGGAUUAGCUUUUCAAGUGAAGUCAAUAUCAAUAAGCUAAGGAAGAACCAUAUAUCGGAUCUUCGAGAUAUUUGCAGUAAUGGAGAACAAUCACGUUUGGCUUUUAAUACAACAAAUCAGCUGGAAAGAUCUCCAUUCUCAGUAAUAGCUCAAAACCUCCCUAAUUUCGGGACCAGUUUGGCGAGCAAUGUCAACAUUAAGCAUGCAACCAAAGAUGCAUCUAUGGGUAAAACUGAAGGAGUGUUUCUUAAGAAGGAUGACCCAAAGAUUCUUGCGUUGAUGCAACAAGCAGAACUGCUGAGCUCUUUGGCACUCAAAGUGAAUUCUGAAAAUUCAUAUGAGAGUCUUGAAAAUGCAUGGAAGGUAGUGCAAGAUUUUAUCAAUGAAAAUGAAGGCAGAGUGCUCAAGAACCAAUUUUCUCAGAUGAAUAUACAAGUUGAUGAUUUUAAGGGCCUAGCAAAGGAAUUGACAAGAACUAAUGUCUCUCCUCAAUCAUCUUUGAGUAAACCAUCUGUUGUAUCCGAAGAUUCAACGGGCAAAUCCGAGUCUAAUCCCUGCAAUGCAGCUUGUUCUAAAGAUGCAGUAGAAACUUGUGAGGAAGCUAGUGCCAAUGGUAGAGCAAUAUGUGAAUAUUCAGCCGAACAAUGUGACUCCCCUCUGCUUGUAACUCCGUUGUUCAGAAUGCUAGCUUCUGCCAUUCCCAGCCCAAAAUUUUCUGAAAGUGAGAGACAAUUCCUUGUGAAAACAUUUGGAAUGGAUCGCGUGUCGCCAAAUCCAAGCACAAAUAAUCCUUCUCAUCAUCGCCCGUCUUGCAAGAGAGUGCUCCUACAUAGCCUAUGAUCGAUCCACUCGUCCUUGAUCACCACUUCUAUUUCAUUUGCAUCUAUAUUUUCUUCGCUUUGCAUCAUUACGACCCGAGUUUUUUCCAUAGGGGCAUGUGAAGAUCUCGGUCUCCAUUCUAGGACGCUACGGAGCGUCCUAGUUUUUUUUUCAAUCGUUGAAGAUCUACAAAAUGAUCUCCAUCGUCAUAGGCUCUAUCUUUCGUCAUAUUUUUUUGUGUCGCGUCACAUUCUUUGGUUUGUUGAUCGGAACUCGAAUGAAGGCAUUCGGUGUUCCGGGAAGUUCUUAUGUAGCAUAAGAAUGCCAAUUGUACAUAAAUAUGAUAUGUUUUG